UUCACAGAUUGACAUGCUAAUUUAUCGUGCAGUUUCACGACGCAAAAAAGGGGGUUGAAUGUUGGAUGACUGGUAAUACGUGAUACAAGCUUUCAGAACAUCGAUCCGCAAAUUCGGUUAAAGAACCAUGCCGUGCUUCAAUCAGUGCUGGCAGGGUUUCCGUUGGUAUUUCGCGCAAUUCUGGCAAUGGCUUGCUCAUUGUUUAUUAGGUUAUCCCGAUUUAUUCUAUACACAAAACGCAUUCGGACGAUGGUGGCGCUUGAUAUCUUUCGGAGUGUUCACCGUUACUCUGCAAAUCGUUGAUGUUGCUACCGAUAUUAAUUUAAUAACUGAUCUUUGGUUGUGGAGACGGUGUAGACCGAGUUUGCCGUGGAUGAUUAUUAUCACGGCGGUGCCGCUUCUACCGAUUAUUGUGUCGGUCGUUAAAUGGUUUGCCUUUCAAUACUGUACUAUUGCACCUGAGGUAUCUUUAAACUGGCGUCUGGCAAGACAAGAGUUGAUUCCUUGCCCUGAGGAAUCGCUCCUCGUCAGAGAAGGGGAUCUAACCAAUUUAGAGGAUACGCAUUCUUAUGCCAAAAAUGGCAUUUUGGGCUGCAUUUUGGACAUGUAUCUUGUUGAUUUUUUCCGAUGUGCAAGAAGCUUUGUGCAGGCGUGGAAAACCCCUUCCAAUGAAUUCAUUGAGAACUAUAGUCCCAACAACGACGUUGAAUUUCAGGAUAUGAGGCUGCAGAAAUCCCACCUCACAGAGAUUACAUAUGAAUCAGCAUUCCAGUUAUUUAUUGUAUUUGUAUGGGGAAUGUUUGAGGACGGUGAGUCCUGGGCAGCAGUCUUAUCAUUUAUGGCAUCUAUACUAUCUGUUGAUAAAUUCUUCCCAUGUUACAGUAUGUUGCCCAGAAAGUGCGCUUUCCAUGUUAAAUUAUUUAUGGAAAAAGAUUACGUAACAUUCGAGGAAGCCGAAGAAUUAUUUAUUAACAAACUGAACGUCUUCGGAGCAACGCCUCUGAACAUAUCCUUUAUUAUAUUGAUCAUUGCUGACCUUAUGCAUUUAACAAGGCUCAACUGGAUAGCAUCACUUGCCAUGGUUUUAUUCGACAUUCUAGUGAUUUUUAUUUUUUUAGUUUUCUCUUACCGGCGCUUACGCAAAUAUUCCUCGUCUAACUUAUCUCAUUUGAACGGUAAAUUUAGUGACAGUCUUAUUGCCUGUUGUUCGGAGUUCUUUCUAACGGUGCUCCAUUUUUUUGCCGGCACCAUUUGUGGGGAUUCUGAGCCGACGUGGGACAAUGCUUAUAUUGAUCAUAACACUCAUUAAUUGUGUCAUAGCCCUUUUUGUUGAAUUUUUCGACUGGACUAUACCCGUGUAUUGUGUAGCGUUAUCAUCAGAAACCAUGGAACGGAAGCUAAUUCUGCCUUUUUUGCCGAAAUGGUUUUUAUUUUUUGGUGUUUUUAUUGCCGCAUCUAUUUUAAUGGUAGCAGCAUUAGAUUGGGUGUUCUGGGUAUCGCUUUUUCACUAUUACGCCAUCCAUCAUUUACCUGGCACUGCAGGCACUAAUCCCUGGAAAUCGUCGCAUCGAAAAAAGUGUUCAAAAUGCUUAGCUUUCAGGGAACGAUAUUGUAAUUACCGGCCAUGCUGGUUAUGCGAAUGGACGUGGUGUGACAUGCACGAACAGUUAUGCAAGGAUAGACUAACGGGGAAAUGUUCCAGCGGAGAUCAGAUUUCCACACAAACAGAGGAGCGGAAGUUCAUUCACAAGGUCUUAAACAUUCCGUUUUUGGAAGAAAAACAAGACAACGAGAAAUCGCAACAAGUGCUUCGGUUAUUAGCAGCCAUAUACCUUAAGGACGCAAAUGGUGAUUUCCUCUUGUGUAGUUCUCACUUGGGUGACUUGAAAAAAAUUACCGCAGAAGAAGCUGAAGAACCAAUUGGUUGUGGCGAUAUCGUGCUGGCCGGUGUCGGAAUACGGAUCGUAACGUCUGACGGGAAACGAGAAAUUGAGCUAUUUUCAUCAGGACUCCCUUUCAGAAUUAAUGCGGACAAUCUGGAUGUUUCUAUGCACACAUUCCUUAGAGAACUGUAUUCAGAGAAGUUUCUGAACGCAAAACUUGUUUAUCAGUUGUUCUACAAGUCCAAGUUUUAUGAUCUCGGCGUCAGGGAUGGGAGUGACCAGGAUGAUUACUGGCGGCAAGUCAAAACCAUCAAAAAAGAACAUUCUUCUUGUGGAGAACGGUGCGCUCUGAGAAACGCUUCCCUGAAUAAAAACGGAAUCAGAAGCGUUCCGCUGAAACCAAACAGAGAUGGCAACCCGCAUAUUAUGAUUAAGCUGGACCAAUCAGCCGCAAGCGAAAGCAUCGUAAUGGACGCCGAGGAGAUCAAAUUUUUCGUUGAUGUCACGUUGUUAUCAUCAAACACGGACAAUCUACUCAACGUUGCUCGGGAAUGCCCGUCACUCUCCGAGACCAGAACAGAUCCUGAAACGCUGGAGCAUGUUAGCGAUUUAUCAGAUCUGUCCUUCUUUUACUAGGGCAAUGCACUCGCUUUUUGUCGGGUA